AUGGCGGAUGCUGUUAUCAAGGAGGUGCCGCUCAAGGCGGUCCGCGUUGAGGCCCUGGUGGUGAUGAAAAUCGUCAAGCAUGGCUCUGCCACCUUCCCCACGACUGCGACCGGCUCCCUCGUCGGCAUGGACGAGGAGGGUGUCCUCGAGAUCACCAACUCGUUCCAGUUCCCCACGGUCGACGUCGCGAACACGGACAGCCACAGCCACCAGAACCAGAACGAGACCUCGGCCCUCAUCGCCUCCGCCCCCCGCCAGAAGGCCAACAUCGUCUACCAGAACGACAUGAUCAAGCACCUGAAGGAGGUCAACGUCGACGCUAACAACGUCGGCUGGUACACCUCGGCCGCCAUGGGCAACUUUGUCAACAUCAGCUUCAUCGAGAACCAGUACCACUACCAGAAGGACAACGAGCGCACGGUCGCCCUCGUCCACGACGUCAGCCGCAGCUCCCAGGGCUCCCUGAGCCUGCGCGCCUUCAAGCUCACCCAGAACUUCAUGGCGGCCUACAAGGAGGGCAAGUUCACGACCGAGAGCCUGCAAAAGUCCAAGCUGUCCUUCAAGGACAUCCUCGCCGAGCUCCCCGUCGAAGUGCACAACACCCACCUCCUGACGUCCUUCCUCCACCAGCUCCCCCAGGUCUCCGCGCAGGACAAGAUCGAGCCGCCCAACUCCCUGUCGGAGCUGCGCGAAGACCCCAUCAAGCAGCCGCUGCACCCGUCGAUCGACAACCUCGACCUGUCGAUAGACCCGUUCCUCGAGAAGACGUGCGACCUGCUCCUCGAGAGCAUCGAGUCCCACUACACGGACCUCCACAACUUCCAGUUCUACCAGCGCCAGCUCGGACGCGAGCAGGCCAAGAUCACGCAAUGGCAGACCAAGCGCAAGGCGGAGAACGCGGCGCGCGCGGCGGCCAAGCAGGCGCCGCUCCCGGAGGACGAGUGGCAGAGGCUGUUCAAGCUCCCCCAGGAGCCCAGCCGGUUGGAGGGCAUGCUCAACGCGAAGCAGGUGGAGCAGUACAGCAAGCAGGUGGACGGAUUCACGGCCAACAUCAGCGCCAAGAUGUUCGCCGUCAGGGAGAACCUGCUCCCCAAGCACGCCUAA